GAGCCGGCUCCUCGGUUUCUCAGCUGCUCCAAACCCUCGCUCCCUCGGUCUCAUCGAAAACCCCCUCGUUUUAUUUCCUCUGCUCCCUCUCCGCCUCUCUCCACCAUCCUGCCCGGCACCACUCGCAUCGUGUUCUGAGAUCCCCAUCCUGCAUUUCCCAAGGCCAGGCUAGUUGGUAUUGAAGACGAUGGCUGCUUCUGCAGCUGCUGGUGUGCAGAUGGUGGCUGCACGCCCUUGCAUCUCAGCCUCGCAAGGAAUUCAUGCUGCAAGGGUAGCGGUUUCUAGGACUGACUGCAUGCUCAGUACCACUGCUACAUUCCCCAAAAUCAGUUGCUCCUGGCCUCUAGAUUCUAAGCGCAAUGGUGUUCUUGUAAGAGCAAUAUCAGGAGAGAGUGGCCGGCAGGGGCUUCCCAUUGAUCUCAGAGGUAAAAGGGCAUUUAUUGCUGGAGUUGCUGAUGAUAAUGGCUAUGGAUGGGCAAUUGCAAAGGCACUUGCUGCGGCUGGUGCUGAAAUUCUUGUUGGUACAUGGGUGCCGGCACUUAACAUAUUUGAGACAAGUCUGAGGCGUGGAAAGUUUGAUGAAUCACGGAAGCUGCCAGAUGGAUCCCUUAUGGAUAUUGUUAAAGUCUAUCCACUCGAUGCUGUCUACGAUUCCCCUGAUGAUGUUCCUGAAGAUGUCAAAUCGAACAAAAGAUAUGCAGGGUCAUCAAACUGGACAGUAAAGGAAGUUGUUGAAUCAGUGAAGAAUGAUUUUGGCAGCAUUGACAUACUAGUGCAUUCUCUUGCUAAUGGCCCAGAAGUAACGAAGCCUUUGUUGGAAACAUCAAGAAGAGGCUAUCUUGCGGCAAUUUCAGCAUCCAGUUACUCCUAUGUUUCAUUGCUUCAGCACUUCCUUCCUAUAAUGAAUCCCGGUGGUGCUAGCAUCUCUCUAACAUACAUUGCAUCUGAAAGGGCGAUUCCUGGGUAUGGUGGUGGCAUGAGUUCUGCUAAAGCAGCUCUUGAGAGUGAUACACGGGUGCUUGCUUUUGAAGCUGGCCGAAAAGGCAAAAUCAGAGUUAACACCAUAUCAGCAGGCCCUCUUGGGAGCCGAGCUGCUAAGGCAAUUGGAUUUAUUGAGAAGAUGAUAGAGUACUCAUAUGUUAAUUCACCAUUGCAGAAGGAACUGUUGGCUGAUGAGGUGGGGAACACGGCUGCAUUCCUGGUUUCUUCAUUGGCUUCUGCCAUCACUGGCUCAACGGUUUAUGUUGACAAUGGACUCAAUACAAUGGGGAUUGCAAUUGACAGCCCUACCAUAACGUCAUAGAUGUGGCUGUGGUAGAUAGACGAUCAUUCCUGCUGCAUUGUGGUGUGAUUCUUGAAUAAAGAUCUUAAUUAGUUAUUACUAUGAGAGGUAAGGGCAGGAAAGGGACAAAAAUAUGAAGGAACUGGUCUUUUGCGCCUUCUGUCUUGGAGACCAACAUUAGAGUAAUUUCCAGAAUGAUGGGGUACCUGGUACAUGCUGGUUUUAAACGAUUCAGAAGCAGUACAAUAUUUCCCUAUAGUAUGUUUCUGAUAUUGUGUUUACUUGGCAUUUUCAGCCUUUUAUACUA